CAAUGGCUCUGGUCGUUCUUCUCUUUGCUGUUUGUGUGCUGCAUUCAUGGGAAACACAAGGGUCCAGUGAUGUGACAACUGUGUUUGUGCAGAAAGGGAAGGAUUUACAUCUGGAUGUUAAGAAACCUGUUGUUCUAGGAAACAAAACUGUAUUUAGGUGGACAGUCAACAAAACUCACAAUAUAGUAAGAUUAUUUCCUGAUAACGAAAUAAGAAUAGAUGACAGUUAUGUGGGAAGGGCUGAGUUUUCUCUACAAAGUCACUCUUUGCUGUUGAAGAAUGUGCAACAAAAUGACAGUGGAUAUUACACUGCACUCAUAACCGCGGACGAAGACCAACGUCUAGCUGAAUACAAGGUCAUAAUUCAAGGGUCCAGUGAUGUGACAACUGUGUUUGUGCAGAAAGGGAAGGAUUUACAUCUGGAUGUUAAGAAAUCUGUUCUAGUUGAAGACAAUGAAUUUAGAUGGAAAUUCAAUAAUAAUCACAAUGUAGUAAGAUUAUCUCCUGAUAAAAAAACAAUAAUAAGUAGCAGUUAUGUAGGAAGGGCUGAGUUUUCUCUACAAAAUCUCUCUUUGCUGUUGAACAAUGUGCAACAAAAUGACAGUGGAGAUUACACCGCAUCGAUAAUUGGGGCCAACAACCAACGUCUAGCUGAAUACAAGGUCAAAAUUCAAGAUCCAGUGUCUCCAGUUAACCUGUUAGUGGACUCUGUGUCUAACAGCACAGAGUCCUGUAACCUCACUGUGAGCUGCAAUACAGAGCGCUCUAACAUCAGCAGCACUUUUAGAUGUGAUGACCAAACCUGCAAUCAGAGGGGAGGAGAGCAAUCAAAGGUCACAACUUCUGGUUUUACUCUUCGUGUCUACCUGUUGAAUGACUCCAUCUUCUGUAACCAUAGCAACCAGGUCAGCUGGACCAAAGACUUGAAGAAGAUUCGGACUCUCUGCCCUCUAAAUACUGCUACUAAUGGGAACCCAACAAUAGGCAGCUGGAUCGGGAUCGUAGUCAGCUGUUUGGUCGUCAGUCUUUGUAUUUGCUUUGGACUUUUCAAAGGAAUCACUAUAUACCACCAACAGAAAAGAAAAAAGACCUGCGAAAAUACAAUAUACGCUGUUCCUCAGGGCAUCGAGGCAGCCCAACCUCUGAAUCAGAAUGCCACAGAAAACGCUUCAGGAUGCACCACCUAUUCUACAGUAGGAAUUUCAACUAGACCCACAAGAUCCACUGAGAGUAAUAACAUCACCCUGCCAGAGACCAUUUAUUCUCAGAUUAACUUUGCUCAAUCGUCCAACCACCACCCAGAACUGAAAAACACAGAUAAUAUACAUUCACAGGACUAAAUCAUGGCAUGUACAGGAUGGAUGCUAAUGGUGUGUUCACACACAUGAAUGCAAAGUCGUAGUCACUCUCUGAUCUCAUAUGAAUCUGUAGUUCUGUGUGUUUGUGUUGUAUAGAGAACGUAAUUUACAUACUCUGCUUCGACUGCACAGUUGUUUUCUGACCCAGCUGCUGUACUAAUGGACCAAUGAUGACGGCGUUUUGUUUCCACACAUUGUCCUUCUUUUAACAGUCCCAGUAGCUCAUUGAAUACAGUGUAGUAUAAAGGUAGUAGAGAAACCAGAGACCAUGACGAUCCGCUUUUCCUCCGUUUUAAGUUAUUUCCAACACAUCCUCAUAACUAAACAACCACAUAGGUGGAUUGUACCUGCACUCCAGAACGAUCCAUCUUCAGAAUGGCCCAUGGGAGCGUAAUAUGCCGCUUUCAAAAACCGUUACCAAAACUAAAUUACUGUUAAAAAAAUAAUGAUGUUUUAUGGUGUGACAACGCUGUGGUUAAGGUCUGGUUAGGUUUAGGCACAAAAACAGCUUGGUUAGGGUUAGGGAAAAAUCAUAGUUUGGGAUAAAAUGAUCACUUGAAACGUGGUUUCUAAUUCCUUAAAGUUACGCAACCUUCGUCAUCAUGACAACAGUAAACACCACAACAAUCAUUGUUAUGUUUUUUUUUUUAAAUGUCCCGGCUGGAAACGUGACACUCACAGUUGGAAACGGGAAGCGGACAGCAGUCCCCUGCAGCAAAGUAAAUUUUUGCCAUCCAGUUAUCUGUAAAAGAAAAAUGACAAAUAGAGAUUUUUACAUUUUUGUUUUUGUAUGAACUAAAC